CAUUAAGUGUUUACUACAACUCAAAGCCCGAGUGCAGAGUUAAUCAAAUACCGCCAAGCACCCAAGUUUUGAAAACAAAAUCCCAAAAUGGCGCUUCUCAUUUCACUCCCUUUUAUUCUCCCUCUCUUUCCUUCACUACAAAUCCCUGCCUCACUCUUCUCUUCAUUUCCAAAUCCUCUCCCCCCCUCUCUCUUUCUGCUAUUGCAACGGCAAGAGGAUUAGGCUGAAGAGUAAGGGAGAAAGAGGCAAUGGCGGAUCAAGAGAAUUGUGUGAGAGUGACAAGGGCUGCGGCCAAGAAGAGGGCUGCUGAGUCGGCGGGGAUAAUGGACGAGAGAGUGAUGAACAAGAAGAGGGUUGUUUUGGGGGAGCUUUCCAAUUCGUCUAACGCUGUUGUUUCGGUGAAUAAAGUUCAGGGAAAGGAAACCCAGAAGCAGCAGCAGCAGCAGCCUAAAGGGAGAGUGAAGACAAAGACGAGAGCGGUAAAGCCGGCGUUGAAGGUGAGGAAAGAGGAGAUUGAAGAUGAAAAAGCGGUGGAUAUUGAUGCUAAAUCUGAUGACCCGCAAAUGUGUGGGCAUUACGUAUCUGAUAUCUAUGAAUAUCUCCGUCAAAUGGAGGUGGAUCCAAAGAGAAUACCUUUACCUGAUUAUAUUGAGAAGGUGCAAAAGGAUGUUAGUACAAAUAUGAGAGGGAUUUUGGUGGAUUGGUUGGUGGAAGUUGCAGAGGAAUACAAACUGGUUUCAGAUACUUUAUAUAUGACCGUUUCCUACAUUGAUAGAUUCCUAUCUUUAAAUGCUCUCAAUAGGCAAAGGCUUCAGCUACUGGGUGUAUCUUCAAUGCUCAUUGCCUCUAGAAAGUACGAGGAAAUUAAUCCUCCGAACGUGGAAGAUUUUUGCUAUAUAACAGAUAAUACAUACACGAAAGAUGAGGUUGUGAAAAUGGAGGCAGAUAUACUCAAAUCCUUGAAGUUUGAAUUGGGCAAUCCUACAGUUAAAACAUUUCUGAGGAGAUUUACCAGAGUUGCACAAGAGGAUUACAAUGCUUCCAGCUUGCAGUUAGAGUUCCUUGGAUAUUACCUAGCAGAGUUAAGUUUGUUGGACUAUGGAUGUGUAAAAUUUUUACCGUCUAUGGUUGCUGCUUCUGUUAUCUUUCUUACAAGAUUCAUAAUUCGACCAAAGAGACAACCUUGGAGCUCUGCCAUGCAACAAUACUCAGGUUACAAAGCAUCUGAUCUGAGAGACUGUGUCCUUGUUAUACAUGACUUAUAUUUGAGUAGAAGAGGAGGUGCACUUCAGGCAGUUAGAGAAAAAUACAAGCAGCAUAAGUUCAAAUGUGUGGCGACAAUGCCUGCUUCUCCUGAGAUUCCAGCUUCAUAUUUUGAAGAUGUUCAAGAAGUUGAUAUUUCCUAUGUUGAAGAUGUUCAAGAGGUGAAAGUCUGACAUAUGUGAUUUAGAUUUGUGUAAUUUCUAUAAUUCAACUUCUUGGAGAAGGCCUGAAUGCGGGUGAAAUGAAUAUUUGAACGCCAAAAGACUCAUACUUGAGCUUGCUAAUCUUGAUUUGUUGAAAGACCCUUUAAGGAUGGGGCACCAAUGAUGCAAGUGGUUAAUGUUUGGCUAUGUAUGUCUGUCAUUAGCAGUGACACUGACUUGUGAAGUGUUUCUAACAUGAGCUGAACUUUAGUAUUUUCACGAUUCUUAGAGCAACAAUUUUGAAUGUAAGUGAUUGUUUUAGCUUUUGAAAAGUUGAAUGGU